GAGCCCUUGGAUACUCUGUGCCGAUGCACAGCCUCCAGUGUUUAGAACGGACAGCUUCGCCACAGUUCUACCUUUUUCUCUCUUUCUCGCGGCCAUCAUUUGCCUGACUGAAGGGAAGAAUCACCAGAUUUGAUUAAUCUGUCACGCGGUCAAGAGUUCCUGCAAUUGCAGCUCGUCGGUUGGAUGCAAGUAGCGCCCGCAUGAUUGCACAUCGAAUGACUCAGUGGUUCCAUCGCCAUGAACUUCGAGUUGAGUAUGCGACUAGUUCGGAUUCUGGAGUCACAUGUUUCGUGUCACGCAUGUGGACAAGACUGAUCAGCUUGGCAAUGCGAGGGUUAAAUUCGCCAGAUCUUGAGACUUAGCCUUUUUGGCUGCAACUAAAGGGUUUCCAUGAUUACUUAUCGAUUGACGCAUUCGAACGUUGAUUUAUGAUCACAAUCGACGUGUUGCUAAUGAGGGAGAGUCACCUGCACUGGGCUGGGGCCAGCAUCUACGCAUAUGACAAGAUAGUGAUAUAGAGUUGCUUGAGGGACCUGUGAAUCCAAGCAACAAUCUAUGAUUACACCACGAUUGUUCGAUGUGGACGAUAAUGAGUGCGUCACAACGUCACAACGCCUUUGGUUAGAACUCGCGGAGUGACACAGGUGGUAGCAUGUGCACAUAUGACAAGAUGUUCGUCUGACGCUUCUUUUUCACUGGAGCCAGCCAGCCUCACAUGCACAGUUUUGAUAGCAGAGCGAGAUCUUGGAAUGAUGAAAGAAUCGAAAGACCCACCUACCGCCCAUGCCCUCAAUCGGAAUUGAUAGGUCGGUCUGUUGGACAAAUAAUGUAUCAGGCGCUGAAACACUGCGUCUGCUUCUCCAAACUGUCUGAGUUUGUUCCCACACAAGAGUUCCCAAACCGCUAGCGAUAGAGAAGAUGAAUACCAAUUAGAAAGAUCUGGAUUCAUUACCCACCUGUGAGAAUAUCAAGUAUAUUAGUUUUUGAGGCAGCAUCCUGUUUGCUACUUCUAAAUUCUCGCUGGAGUUUUAGAGCGAAAAUAUCUGAUUGAUUCCUUGCUUCCGUGGUGGAAGACAUGCAGUAGACAUACAGAAUAAGUCCAUGCACUCUACACGCUCACGCUCACGCUCACCGUGAUCCAAGUCAAUGGCACACCGAGAUUCCAUUACCACUACCUGUGAUCCUACUGCAGUCUCUUUAUCAUGUAGAAUACUGCUAAUCUGCACUACGAGGACUUCUCGUGGGAGCCUCUUUCAGAGGUGGCAGAAGAUCCGAAAGCCUUGCGACGUCGUUGAGGUCGGUUCUUAUUUCGUCUCUCUUACCCUCCUGGAUACUUUGCAACCUCUCGCAGAACCUGUGAAAGCCUUCUCGCAUGGUUGUGGCUGACCCCUUUCAUCAGCAAUCAGCGGAUGUCUCAAUUGUCAACAAGGUCGGUACGAGUACUGUAUUCCCAAGAGGUUCUACAAUAUCUCGAGCCUCAGGUAAUUAAACAUUUGAUUGCGAAGUUAUCAAUGGCCCUAAAUGCACCCAAUAAAUGUUGGUUCUUGACUGUUUGCUGUGCCGUACGGGCAUCGGUCCACGGGGGAACAGAUUACACACUUGACAUGACCUGACUGUUGAGUUUCUCAAGAUGGCGUCCUCGUGCCCUGAAGCACGAGCAUCAUAGAAGCAUGCUUUCUCUUUGUUGAUCAGGUCAUUAUCAUCAUGUCCGGCCAUUGACAGUCGCUUUAAUUGCUCAGGGACCUACACGAACACGUCCACUAAAUCUGUAGUAUAAUAUGUCUUCACUUCAGACAUACCCCACAAUGUACACGAUGUGAGAAGAUUCCGGCGACCCAUCAGACCUCGUUCUACUUCACGCACGUAUGUAUUGUGUUCACGUCUUGCUCAAUAGCCUUCGUUGUUUAGAAGCCAACACUCGUGCUCGAUAGGCCUUGAUGAUCUUGUCCCCCAAGUCAAUAACAGAUUACAGCGUCAUAUUGGGAUAGAGUCGUAUUGCUGAUAAGGGCUCCACGCAGCCAUUAACAAGCUCAGCAGAGUACAAGAGGAAAAUCGCAUGUUAAUUGUCACAUCAAUGAGCGCUGUAAUGAGUUCACGGCAGCCUGACUAUUGCGCAGUCGUCUAGGUUUUUGUGGUACAAUUGUAACAGAUGUCAAAUGAUCAUCAUCAUUGACCAGGCUCUACUAAAUCUGAGAUAGAGUUUGCCAUUGUGCAGGUUGCAUAACAUCUGUUGAAGGAUUACAAGCGCCUAACUGUUCACCUUCAUGUGUAGGCCUAUGUAAACCUCUAAAGUAAAGAUGUGCUGUUGUAAUACAAUGUAAUUUUUCCGUUCUUUCUCUUCCAUUUUCUAGGCGCGAUUGGCGCUGAUCAUAGAACGAACAGCAAUUCGUCCUUCAGGUCGAGUGAGCACAAAGAUCUUUUUCUUUUUUUCUGCUUGUAAAUUUUUGUGAGCAAUCAGCAAUCUUGCAUUGCUGAUUACACCAGCUUGAGAUUCAUUCCCAUUGAGUUUCUUUUGUUUUUCGAAUCUUCACUCGUAUUCCGGCCUGUUAGUCUCUUCUUCGAGCUGCUUCUUCUGUCCGUAUGCUUUCGUGCGCUAAUCUGUAUCUGUCCCCGCUAGCUUGUUGUAGUGAAUCACUUAAUAUCGUUGCACUAACCUGUCACAAUUUCCUAUCUGGAAGGAAUGGACAAGCUUUGAUUUAUGAGUGAACCUCAUAUAACUGGAGAGGAGCGAAGUGAUUGCCCAAGAGCGUAAGAGGUUACUUUUAUACUCUUAGUCCUGCCUCUCAAGAUUCUGGCUCAGAUGGCAGUCAAACAGAGCAACUAACUUCUGACAUUCUGUGUUCGUUUGCAUCAAGUAGGUCGUCUUAUGGUCAGAUCACAUACACCCGUCAUUGUUUUGCUCCACUACCAGCUUUCUACGAGAUAAUUUGAUGGUGUUAUGUGAGCUGUUGGAUUAGGUUGCCAAAUUUUCCUCUCACCGGAAGACAUUGUCAAACUGCGGCUGUCGACUGCUUUUUAACAUUUUUAGGGGAGACAAUCGUGAAUCCAAAUCUUGAGAUAUUUCUUAGAGAUGAGCUUAUUGUAUAAAAGCGAACCUCACGUACUCCACGUACCCAUAUGUUUGGAGGCAAACGACCUGUGAAUCUCACGAGGUUGAAAGGCCAAAGCUUAUUCCCUAAGAACUUGGAGUUCCUGUCUCUAACAACUGACGACGCUUGUUGCAGUUGAUUUGAUUGUGAUUGUUGUGCCUUUUGAGGAGAUCAGAUCGGAACUAUCGCUGCAGUGAACUGAACUCGAAGAAGAAUCCUGCCAGUUUGUUUUCAGGUAUAACCUACUGAAGGAUCUCCAACUGUCAACAACCGUAAUCGUCGCGCUACUGCAGCUUUGGUAACUUUACCUGGACCCACGUCGUUCUCGGACAUUUGCCCAGUAGAAUGCACGAAUCAGAAUUUUACCCAGUUAUAGCAUCAAAAGAAGUUACUGGCCAUAUUUGCUGACGUUCAGGAAAAGCAUAUUGUUUGUUUGCAUGUCCAUAAUAACAUGUGAAACGUGAGUAUGUAAUGCGUGCUGCACGUCUGCUUUGAGUUAAGGGUUAUUACACGUGCAAAUUUCUCACUUCUUCUGGGCGUGUAGAACUAUGCUAGAACUUGGCAAGACGAGUUCCCAGGGUUGCUGCAUGUGUGAUGCGCGAAUUGAGAUUGACCAACUUUGUCUGAGGUACGGAUCUAAGUGUAAGGCAUCCUUCCAUCUCAUCGUCUGGAUCUAAUCUGUCCAGCAACAACAAGCAUCAUAAUUCGCAUAUGUAAUGAACGUGCGUUCAUGUUUCGUUGUGCUGGACAGAAGAAUGACGGCUUACGCGUAAGUGUCAAUGCCACCUUUUUGCGAUCCAGGAUAGUAUGCUGCUCCUGCUAUACUGGAUGUGGACGGAAGUUAGACAAGAGAUUCAGUUGCUCUUAACUACAGGGGCAAAGGUACCCUGUGUGAACUAUUUAUUGCACACGUAUCUCUACACAAACACAUAACCUGCAGACCAUUUCGUAAACCCCAUUCCCAUUAGGAAACCUGGUUUUCUUUCGCUAUUUCUGCUUUUUUCUCUUCAUUUCAUGUAAAAGGGAACCACACACGCACACGCACGAAAGUUGGGAUUUCAUCCCGCUCGAUGUGUAUUGUGCAUCUUUGCCAUGAAAUAACUGCCUGAAUGUCGACAGUUAACCUUAGUUUCAUGGACGGUUAGCGAACAAUGCUCAAUUGAGUCUUGAUAGCGCUCUUGAAUUGGCCCGAGUAACUCAUAAGCAAAAUAAUCACAAACAAUGAAUGGGUAAAUUCUAGUAGGAAUUCCAGAACAGGUUACUGAUAGUCAACGAUGACAAAAUGCGUCCGCUAAAUACAGCGCCCUUGAAGAAUGUACGUGAAAUUGCCUCGAAUCAAAAUAUGAUUGAGAUCCCGUCGGCGAAAUGUGCAUGGGAAUCGAGUCAUUAACAUUCGAGGUUCACUAGUCCCAAUCAUUGAGCCACCUUUCGUUUUCAGCUCUAGUUAUGGAAA